GUUUGUCUAUUAGCUCGAGCCCAUCCCGUUCAGCAUCCAUCCACACGCCGCCCGCAUGCCCAGGCUAGCCGAAAAGAUAGGCUCGCUGCUGUUCUGCCCGGACUGUGGCACGCUGCUCAAUCUGCCCGAGGAUGAGGUCGUCUAUGUCAAGUGCGAGCAGUGCGGACACGAAGAGCCGGCAAGCUCGUAUGAGAACAUCGAGAUCAUAACGCGCUCGCACCCGGACGCGUUCCCGUCGCCGCUAAGACAGAAGGGCAAAACGCAGACGAAGGUUCACGAGGCGAACGACGCGCUGCUGAAGGUGACUGAGAAGUGUCCGGAGUGCGGGCACAUGGAGGCCUAUUCGCGGGAGAUGCAGUUGCGGAGCGCAGACGAGGGGUCCACCAUAUUCUACACCUGUGUCAAGUGUAAAUACGGCUGGCGUGUCAACAACUGAGGAGGGCAUGCGAGGCAGCAGGCGAGGGGUCUGGGGAACAAUGACAUACAUACCCGGGUGCAUCACGUAUCCUGCCCGGCCAUCUACACGUACACGCCUGCGGUACAGAACAGAGCGACAACACCGAAGCCACCGAGGACGCUGGCGAGGGACGCGACGCCGGCUUCGCGGAUGGGGAGCUUGUCUUUUGGCAGUCUGUAGGUAGAAUGGAUGUACCGCAUGAGCGUAGACUAGGCGUCAUCAGGAACAGAGACGUACGUGGAGUAGUAGAACGCCAGGAC